AUUUUUGAUCCCUUUAGGGUAACAUGCGGUUCCACUUCUCCCUGGAUUUCCAUGUGAAGCAGCCACCCAACGCGACUGACACCCUCGACAAGACCAUUGUUGUGGAGAACAAUCAGAUCUCCAUGGUGGACAACGAGGGGACUACGACUACAAAAGCUCCGAUGGCCCAGUGGACGGAUCAGGAUCGAUAUAAUCAGGAAACCCUGCAGAAAGUGAUCGAUACCCGGAGAUCGGUGCAGCAGCUAAAUGCGGAGCUAUCGCCAUUGGCCGGCAGGAGUACCGAUUUGGCCAGGAGAAUCAAACUCAGUCUGCGCUAUAUCAACGAAGUGGAUGCCGCUCUUGAAGAUUUGACCAACUUUGGUCAGCUGGUGGAGCUGCUCAGAAAGUUCGUCGCUUUAGUAGAUAGCCUCAGGGAUCCGAACAAUCUCGGUGGCAUCCGCAGCCUGGAGUACGUACUCCUUAAGUUGGCCCUCGAGAAGUACGAUCUUCCCAAUAAGCGACAGGAGAUCGGUGAAUACUUGGAACAGGCGGAGAGUGCUUGGCGGAGAUAUCAACAGACGCAGGUGGUUCUCCUGGACAACUCCACCUGAGCCGAGCUCAUUUGCGUAGGGUUCUAGACCCACAGACCUUGCUAGGAAUAUAUAGUUUUAGGAUAGGACAGGACAAAGACCAGCAUCAUUGGACGAGACAAUCGCUGCCAGCAUCAUCUACUAGGGCGGCACGACCCUUGAAGGGAAUAAAAGCCAUCGAAGGGACUUCCUGUCUAUUAUUCGGUUUCACUGUAAUGCCCUGAAUUGCUACAGGUACACGAGGGGAUACAAUAUUCCAGGGGUAGCAGAGCUAAAUCUCCUUCGGUGCUCGGUUUCGUUAAGGCUGAAAAAUACGUUACACACGCUGGGAGUCCCUCAGUACACUGUGGAAAUUAAAUAGUUUUUUAA